ACGUUGGUAACGUUGGCCUCCUUUAUUAGUUGGUGGCAUAGAGUUAUGAGUUGGUGGGAUCUUAGAAGUUGCCGGUUGUUUUGGUAGGCUCUUGUAGCUGGACGCUGACGCUGUCACGCCGUGCGGUUGUGUAUUGCAGUUUUCACGAUGUCAUCACGAGGAGGGAAAAAACGAUCCAAGGCAGUUUCGAAGUCCACAAAAGCAGGUGUUCUUUUUCCGGUUGGCCGAAUAGGUCGCUAUCUCCGGAAAAGCACCCACCACUUCAGGAUCGGUGCCGGUGCUCCAGUUUACAUGGCUGCUGUAAUCGAGUACCUUACAGCGGAAAUAUUGGAACUGGCUGGAAACGCGGCACGCGACAACAAGAAAAACCGCGUCACGCCGCGGCACAUCCUACUGGCGAUCGCCAACGACGAUGAGCUGCACCAGCUUCUGCGUGGGGUGACAAUUGCCUCUGGUGGCGUGCUGCCGCGCAUCCAGCCUGAACUGCUUGUUCGGAAGAAAGGCAACAAGUUUGUGAUGCCCUCACCCAAGCACCAGUCCUCGGCGCAAAUGCGAGUGGACAACCUGCCCUCCAAAUCACAUCAGGCUGCCACCACUGCUCCGGCUGCUGCCAAGCCCAUGUCAGCGCCACCACCGCCAAAGAAAAUUGCGGCCACUGCAGCAAGCAAAAAGCAGCUGCCACCGCCCCCAUCAUCACUUACCAAGGAGAAGGGCAAAGGGACCAAAGGAAAGGACUCAGCUGGUGGAGAGCAGCUGCACUCUUCUGUCACUGUGUUGUCAGAGAAGAAGCUGUUCCUUGGCCAAAAGCUCACUGUGAUCCAAGGAGACAUGGCAAGCGUGAUAGUUGAUGCAGCCAUCCACCCAACCAAUGCAAACUUCUCCCUUGCUGGGGAAGUAGGCCAAGUCCUGGAGAAGGCAGGUGGUAAGGAGUUCCAGCAAGAAGUGAGAGAGUUGCUGGCUUCUCAUGGGCCUCUGGAGACUACUGGAGUGGCCAUUUGCCCAGGCUACCACUUUCCAGCAAAGCAUGUGAUCCACUGUCAUGUACCCACUGGCGCCAAUGCAAUGGAACAUCUUGAGAAGUGUGUACGCAACUGCCUUGUAAUGGCUGAUGACAAGAACAUCCGUAUCCUCGCCAUCCCACCAUUGGUAUCUCACAACACUUCGCCAUCUCAGAAGCAGCUUGCAGCACAGUCAGUGCUGCGGGCCAUCUCCAGCUACUUUGUCAAUAUCAUGGGAAGUUCACUGAAGCAGGUCUACUUUGUCCUGUCUGACAUGGAGAGCAUUGGCAUUUAUGCCAGUGAGCUGGCAAAGCUGGACUCUUAGAUUGCUGCCAUCAUAGCUCCUGGGGGUGGUACCCAUGCACUGGGAACUAAGGAAGACUGAAAUCUGCAAAAAAAAAAAAAGAUGUCAUAAUUACGUUUGUAAACUUCGUACGUGCUCGCUUUCUUGCAGGCUGUCUUAACUUGUCACAAAGUGAUGACAGGAUAGGCCACUACUUCACAUUUUAAAAGCGGCAAUGAAUUGGAUGUUUUAACACACUGUGUUGAGCUCAUGAGGCAUCUAAAAUUGUUAGUCAUCACCUGUGACUCACCCUCAAGACCAUGUUAAGCACUCUUUUAUUUUCACAUAUUUUAUCUUUUUCAACAUAGUUGCCACCACUGCCAGCCAACUUUCAUCAUGCUGCUGAGUAUUGGCCAUUUUUUAUAGACGUAAUUCAAGGUGUGUGUACAUCUAGAUCAAGACUUUCACCUCAGCACCUUCAAGUUGGUCUAAUCUGUUUGUGCUAAUUUCUAGCAGUUUAGCAGUGCCAGUAUACUGCCUUUUUGCAGCACAUGUGUAUUGCCAUCACCUGUUGCCAUUCGAGUACUUUACUGGUUUAUUCAGUAGUGUAGAAAAUGCAAGCUUGCACAGUUCAUGCACAUCAAGGAACAGGGGCUUUACGGUUCACCAGCAAAUUAAUUCUUCGAUAUUUGGCCUGGAUUUUCAACUGUAUUCAUGGACAGCCUUCUGUGGCACUGAAGGGAAAGCUAUGGGGGCUGAUCUUUUGCACAUGUGUUAUCAGGCAGUGUUUGACAAUGCUUUUGAUUUUUAGGAGCACAUAAUGAAUUGGCGUAGCAUCCAGAUGCGACAAUUUCGGGUUUUCCCAUAUGUAGAAGAGAAGAGCAGAAAAAUGUGUCAAAUUUGCCACUCGGUGGUGGGCUUCUUGUCUUAUGUUGCUGUUGUAAAUAUGGUUUUUAUGUUUUCUCUUCCCCAGCUUAAGCUAAUGCAGAUGAAAAAGAGGAACUUGUUUCUAAAGCAGUCCCAUCUGUGUGCGCUUUGCUUCCCUAGCUUUCCAUUCAUUGCCACAGAAAGUUGUCCACAAGUAUAGCUAGGUUGGUGAAAGUAAAGUACAGUUAAACCUCAAUAUAACGAACUUUAAUAUAAUGAAAUUCUCGAUAUAACAAAGCAUUGAACUUUUUAUUCCAUCUUGUCCAUAAAUCACCAUGUACAGUAAUACCUUAUUAAUACGUACCUGCUUAAUAAGUAAUUCCGGUUUAAAUAUAGUCGCAAUGAAUCCCCCACCCUAUUGCCAUUGAACCUACUGUAUUGGCUGACCGCUUAAGCCCUAGUCACUUACCACAUGCCAAACAGUUAGUGUGUAGUAUUUACUUCACUUUCUGGCACGUACAAGCUCGAAAGUGGGGAAAUGACAUGCACGCAGACAAUAGAUAGUAAAAUUGCGACGCACAGUCUUUUCGUGGACAGCAGUCCCCACCGACACUGAUGUCAAAACAUAAUGGUCAUGACGUGUUUCCUGCUCCCAUAGCUUCUGGCUCUUCCAUGUCAUUCACAACGACGAUGUGGUAGUAAGUGAUGGCCUUUCCAUCUUUGACGCGGUGCGUACAUGCAUUUACCGUCAUGAGAGCGUUUGCAGAGAAGUGGGGCCUGAUCGAGAAACUGGCUUGCGACCUUGCCGAGUUUGAGGAUGCUGUCAUCGUUGCAAGGCCGCCACAGCGGCAAGUGAUGAUCACAGAGUUUUUGUGGCCUGAUCACAAAUAAAAAUUCUGUUUGUGUGCUUUUUAGUGAGAAUUAAGACUUAGUUCUUUUCUCACUGGUAAGUCUAUAGCCAUUCAUCUGCCAUUGCUGGUUAAAUAGUUCAUAGUUUAGUGCUUACCUGAUCCACAUUCCCCGUAAACCAUGUAUUGACAAGGCUUUACUGUAUUUUAGAACCUCAGUAUAACGAAAUGUGUUUAUACACGAUUUCAAUAUAACGAAAUUUCACUGCCGCUGCAAAGGAAUACUGAGGCAGUAAAUAGAAACUUCCGUAGACGUAGAUGGUCAGAGUGUUGCAACUAAAUAUUUUUUGUUCUGGUUUUAGUUUCGUUCCACUGAAAAAAGUUCCGUUCCAGUUCUGCUCCGAAGUGGGAGUGGGGAAGAUCCAUAACAGUUCAUAACAGUUUUUGUUCGCAUGCAAAAAUUUUAGAAGCAGAGUAACGAUAAAAACAUAGUAUUAUUUAUUGUUCUAAGCGCAAUUGCGCCUGUGUUCGUCUUCUUUUCUGUUGUGUGAUUUCAUUGCGCACUAUUUCAAGAUGGCUCUCCUGUCAAAAUACCAACUAGCUCAACACUCGAAUCUUUUUAUUGUUCUCAAUAAUUCAGUCAAAGCACUGAGCAUGAUGGCAGAAGCAGCACGUCAUCGAGCACUGCUCUGAUAAAAUGAACUUAAACGAAUGGUAAAACUUUAGGAACAAAGUGUUGUACCCGUCGAAGCACGUACCCAUUGUGCACGCAAGUCUUGGGUUUUACUACGAUGCCGAUCUGCUAGUGCACUGAGUGGCAGGCUUAGAUUAGUGGAGCGCUCGACUGGCUAUUGCUCGCACUGCCCCUGCCUAAGAUACGCGUUAAUGCUGACAUUGCGCGACGUCGGUUGUUUCGGAUUGCCAACUGUUUCAUUGAACUGAAAACUGAUAAAAAUAUUUCGGUUUCAUUUCGAAACAAAAUAAUAAUGUUUCGGUUACAGUUUCGUUCUGGUUAAAAAUAGUUUUUUUCUUUUCUUUUCUCUCUCUCUCCCCCUCCCACGGUCCAUUCCAACGCACUGUAGAUGGUUAUAUGGUUGAAUUGCAUGUGCGAACGCAUCUCUCAAAUCACGUGCCAUGUGACUAAGAGCGACUGCCAAUUCGAAGCAACAGCAUGUUCCGUAUAAAGUCCAAGUGCAAUACGAUCAUAUCGCGCCUCGCGCCCUGUAUGCUUCAGGUGCGAUUGAAAGCAUGCAAGGGUGAGCCAAGAAGGAUGAUGGCUUGAUGAGUGCUGUUUUCCAGCGCGAGCUAGGAGAAAGAGUGGAAGGUAGCGAGCUCUCAGUAACUUGAUAAAGCGCUACGUGAGGGUGGGAGCAGGUUUCCGCACAUAUUUUCUAGCGCGGUUGUGGCUGGGCAUAGUUGUCAUCGUGGCUAAGCGCAUACACAGCUCAUGCCCCCCGUUAUAGAGCUAACCUGUUGCUAGCGCAAAGACUGCACGAGCUGAGAUGGUGUGGCAUCUGUUUUCCCCUGCAUUUAGUGCUCGAGAUAGUGUAAUCUCAAGUUCCGGAGAAGCGUUGAAGCGAGACGCGGAUGAAGCAUUCAUUCCCUGCUGCCGCCGAUUUUCAUCAUAGUGUUGUCCCACUGCAGGCAACACUAUCAGCUGCGGGGAUGGAAUGGACGCGAAAGAGCGGUUGGCUUCGCUUUGUACUAUAUUGUCGACAUGGCAUGAAAUCUUAUCAUUCAUCACAGACUUUCAGAUUCAACAAAAUUGAAUUUUUUCCAUUCAAUUUCCUUUUUCCGAUUGCCUGAUAGUUCAGAGAAGUAUGCAGUACCUUCCAUGUAAGAAAAAUUCAUCAGCGACUGUACUCAUUUGUCUAAGAGGUCGAAUUUCAGUAUAAGGAGAUUUUUAUAUAACGAAGCAAUUAUCAUUAUAUUGAGGUUUAACUGUAUUUCAUGAGUGCGUUGUGAAUACUAAUGAGCAAAAUCUUUUGUACUGCAGAGGUGACGUAUGAAGGGACCGGGUCUUCGUUGAAACAUUAAUGGUGCCUGGUUGCCAUGAAUGCUACAUAUGUCUCAUUGGUACUUGGCAGUCAUCCUAUCACCUGUUAAAUUCAUUCUGUUUGUGGCUUCACAAGCAAUUGGCCAUGUUAUUAGUGCUGGAUGAGUGUAGUGUUGUAGUAAUUGUUGGUGCUGUACAUGCAAAAUUACAUGCCUACUGUGUGUGUGCUGUGCCAUGGGCAAGGUUAUUUUUUUUCCCUCCUAGUGUUCUGCAUGCUUAACCCAGCAGGCACUGGUAAAUAGUAUUGCAGUUAGAGGUGCACUCUAUUCAUGUGCACUAAAUGAGCAUAAUUUUAGCUGCACUUUUGUGGUCAUGCGAUACUGGCAUUAUGAUAUGAAUAUUUCCACCACGUAAGUUAUCACUCAUAGUUCGCUUAUGAAAGAGCUUGUAAGAUGCGUGACUGGCACGAAAACUAUCCCAAAGGCAGUUAUCUUUUCUUUUUAAGGGAGAACGCUGCAACUCCUUAUGCUCACUGGUCAUGAACUUGCACCCUGCUCCAGCUAAUCGCACUUCUUUGUGUCUUAAUCUGUAUGAAGUCUGAACUUUUUUUUCAUUGUAUCACAAUGGUUUUUCUUGUAACAUUGAGGCACAGUAAGCACCAGCAGUAAUUCUAGUGUGGUAUUGUAGUACGACGUCAAUCAUGCAUGACUUGCGAAAAUUUUGGGAAGCUGUGAUUACUCGUGUGUAGCCGAUGCACUUGAGUGUUCCACAACCCUCAGUGUGUGCACUAUCAUGUAAGUGCAGUACAUACCAUGCUCCAUUUACUUUUUGUGCAUCUGUGGAUUGAGAGUUAAACCUGCAUGAUUAAUAGCCACAAGGCAGCAUUCAACAGUAGUUCAUAUGACUACCUAACUUUGCUUUAUCUACUUAAUGCGCUCAGUGCAUUAUUAUGGUAGCUGCCUGGCAGAUCUAUCAUGUGCAGCAAGUUCGAACUACUGAGCACAUGACAAAAGUCAUCACUUUUUCGAAUUGCCAAGAGAACACCAGUCAGGACUUCCAUGCAGUGGAAAAAUUGCACAAAGCAGUACUAAAAAAGUACAAGUCGAUUCUUCUUAUUUUCUUUGUCAUAUUUUUCUUUAUGUGUUGCUUGAUGUUGCCUUUGUAUGCAUUGCUGUUAUACACUGCUUAAUUAUGCAUGUAAUAUUUUAGUGUGUAGUCAUCUCAAAAGUGAUUGUAAACAAAUCUCAUGACUGCAUUUCAUUCUGGUUAUGGGCAGAAACUCACUUUCAGGGCAGUAUAGUGUUUGUCAAAGUUAUGUGUAUCUAUUGGAAAUAGCUGCAAUUCUUGCUAAAAGCAUUUUGCUGUGCCAUUUCAAUGCUACUAUGGAACCUUUGAAAUGUUCGACAGGCAGCACAAAUUGAAGCAUUCUGGCCUUGAACAUAAUCUGGCUUAACUACAUUUAUGCUUGACACUUGAAAUAUGUUAUUGUGGAAGUUUGUGUGAUAGUGUACAUCUGAGCUUGGAGUCGUUUGUUAAAUGCACCU